CUGACGGACUCCUUCCUCCUUUCUUUGGAGGAAUUCAAGAAACUACUAUAUGGCCUCUGUUUCUUUCAUGCUUUGGUACAAGAGAGACGCAAGUUUGGCCCCCUGGGGUGGAAUAUUCCUUAUGAGUUCAACGAGACUGAUCUCAGGAUCAGCGUACAGCAGCUGCACAUGUUCCUGAAUCAGUAUGAGGAACUGCCCUACGACGCACUGCGCUACAUGACCGGCGAGUGCAACUACGGCGGCCGCGUGACCGACGACUGGGACCGGCGCGCGCUGCGCAGCAUCCUCGACAAAUUCUACAACCCGGAGCUAGUUCAGAACCCGCACUACAAGUUCGACUCCAGUGGCAUCUACUUCGCGCCUCCUGCUGGCGAUCACAGUAGCUACAUUGAAUACACAAAGACACUGCCUCUGACCCCGGCUCCGGAAAUCUUUGGGAUGAAUGCCAACGCUGAUAUCACUAAAGAUCAGUCAGAGACUCAGCUGCUGUUCGAUAACAUUCUUCUCACACAGUCUCGUUCAGCAGAUGCUGGUGCAAAAUCAUCGGACGAAGUGGUAAAUGAGGUUGCUGGUGACAUCUUGGGUAAACUUCCAAACAACUUUGACAUUGAGUCUGCAAUGAGGAGAUACCCAACCACGUACACUCAGAGCAUGAACACAGUGCUUGUUCAAGAAAUGGGACGGUUCAAUAAGUUGCUGCAGACCAUAAGAGACUCAUGCAUUAACAUCCAGAAAGCAAUCAAGGGACUUGUAGUGAUGUCUACAGAACUUGAGGAAGUGGUUAGCAGCAUUCUGAAUGUCAAGAUCCCAGGAAUGUGGAUGGGGAAAUCAUACCCAAGCCUUAAACCCCUUGGGAGCUAUGUGAAUGACUUCCUUGCAAGACUAAAGUUUCUGCAGCAAUGGUACGAGGUCGGCCCUCCUCCAGUCUUCUGGCUUUCUGGCUUCUUCUUCACACAAGCCUUCCUGACUGGUGCCCAGCAAAACUAUGCCAGGAAACACACCAUCCCCAUUGAUCUUCUUGGGUUUGACUAUGAAGUGAUGGAAGACAAAGAAUACAAGCACGCUCCAGAGGAUGGUGUUUUCAUUCACGGACUAUUUCUGGACGGAGCUUCUUGGAAUAGAAAGAUCAAGAAACUUGCAGAAUCACAUCCCAAAAUUCUUUAUGAUACAGUGCCUGUGAUGUGGCUAAAGCCCUGUAAGAGAACAGAUAUACCAGAACGACCAAGUUACACCGCCCCAUUGUAUAAGACAAGUGAGCGGAGAGGAACGCUGUCAACCACUGGCCAUUCUACGAAUUUUGUGAUUGCCAUGAUUCUUCCCUCUGACCAGCCCAAGGAACACUGGAUUGGACGGGGGGUAGCACUGUUGUGUCAACUUAAUUCAUAAUUAGAAGGUGUCAUUUCCCUGUUUUCGUAUUCUUUGUUAGAUGAAUCAGUAGAAAAUAUAUUUUACUUUUUAAAGAAGCUAUUUGGUUUAAAUCAAUUUGACUAAAGUUAUACUUAGUAUUUAAAAUGACUCAUAUGUCAAAGUUAGGAACUAUUCUAACAAAGAUUAAAUAAGACACACUGGUA